AUGCCUUGUUCCUGGAACUCCUUUACUCUUGACCGGAUUCGAGGGGCGGUCGCGCUUCACCGAUCGCGAGGCGGUACGCGGCCUUGUGUCAAUGAUGGAUCCUACGUUUUUGCCCCUUCAAGGCGGAGGCGGAGAUCUCGGAAGGAUAAAGGGAUUGCUUUCGAGGCCUCGUCGGGAAAUGGUGAGCUGCCGAGAUACGAUCCUGACUUCACUACAGAGAAUCAGGGUGUUCCUCCCCCGGGUGACUUCUUUGAUGAACUCCCUCCGGCGUUUUCCCGUGACGAGUCUUUGGACAACGAGGAGAGGGACAAGGUGACUGCGGAGGGUGCUCGCUUGGUCAACGAGGCCGUGAGAGUGUGGAACGCAUCGAUCGAUGGAAGUUUCCGUACUGCCCGGCUGGCCCGUUUCAAAGCGGAGGAAACGGAAAGGGAAUUCGCCAAGUAUCGGUUGGAGGUGGAGGAGCAAAAACGCCGGCAAGCCGAGGUCCAGGCUCGAGCCCUCGUUCGUGCGGAAAGGAGCGGGCGGAGAAGAGCUGCCGCCGAGCUGAACCGAAGGGCCGAAAUUUUCUCUACCGAAUUCGAAGCGUACAAAGAGGCUCAGGACUUUGUAGGCGAUUUUCGCGAGUGUCGUGGUUCGGUCGGUACUCUACACAAGAUGCAGCGUGAGGGUUUCUCUCUUUCCGGCGAACUUGCCGCGAUGGAUGGCUCGAUGAGAAUAUGCGCUAACGCCGAAUCCUUUGUUCCUCCGAUCGAAGGGAGAAUUCGAGAGUUGUGGAAUCCUAUCCAAGUCUCGGAAGAUACGGCGGAUGUAGGCGCGGGUUUGAAUGCAGGCGACGGGGGUGAAGAGGUCGACCAGCCCGACUCCUCGUUUGGAAUAUCUCUAACCGAUUGUUAUGCAUUCGAUUAUAAUUUGUGA